GGUCAUUCCCUGCACUGUCUGCAGUCUCUGGUCAUUCCCUGCACUGUCUGCAGUCUCUGGUCAUCCCCUGUACUGUCUGCAGUCUCUGGUCAUUCCCUGCACUGUCUGCAGUCACUGGUCAUUCCCUGCACUGUCUGCAGUCUCUGGUCAUCCCCUGCACUGUGUCCGCAGUCUCUGGUCAUCUCCUGCACUGUGUCCGCAGUCUAUGAUCAUCUCCUGCACUGUGUCCGCAGUCUCUGGUCAUCUCCUGCACUGUGUCCGCAGUCUCUGGUCAUCUCCUGCACUGUGUCCGCAGUCUCUGGUCAUCUCCUGCACUGUGUCCGCAGUCUCUGGUCAUCUCCUGCACUGUGUCCGCAGUCUCUGGUCAUCCCCUGUACUGUGUCCGCAGUCUCUUGGUCAUCCCCUGUACUGUCUGCA